AUGCGGUCCGACGUCAUCGACUUUUCGCGGGAUUGGGAGCCCUACGAUUACGGCGUCGAAAAAGACGGGAUAUUUUGGCUCGAUUUCAAGUUCGAGUCUGACGCAUGGCGCAAUGGCAUUUGGUCAGACGGGUGGGGAGCGCGGGCUAACGCGUAUCAAGGAGAUGUUGUUGGAGAGAUCAACGACGAAAAAGCUCGCUUGGUCAUGAGCGAUAAUCUUCCUUCGACAACACCGUACAUUGCUCUCAGCUACUGCUGGGGCCCACCGUCCGUCAUCAAGCCCCAGCUCAUCACCACAGCCGCCACAUUUGCAGAUAGCCAGACGGGGAUUCCGCUUGAGAAAAUGCCAGCUACAAUCAGAGAUGCAGUAGUAUUUGCGCGUCAUAUGAAGGUUGAAUACAUCCGGAUCGAUGCGCUCUGCAUCAUCCAAGACAAUUCUGAAGAUUGGGCCAGGGAGGCAGCGCUCAUGUUUGCCGUAUAUCGACAUGCUACCCUCACCUUGGUAGCAGCCGCGGGUGAUACCUCUCAUUUGGGAUUCCUUCAGAGGACUAGUGCUGGACCGUCGAUUGUGGUCCCAUUUCAGUCUGGCAGGGAAAACGCCCAGGUGUCGGGCACUUCCAUCCUGUCAGCUCUCAACGAACACCGCACUUGGGAUGCCGAUUAUCCCAGUCAUAUGCAUAAUCGCGCAUGGGCAACGCGAGCUUGGACAUACCAAGAAGAUCUCAUAUCCACUCGAGUGUUGUACUUUGAUAACAACACGUCCUACUUUCGAUGUCAGACGGAACGACGUCUCGAACAUGGCACAAAUGUGUACGCCAAUGUCCAAAAUUGGCAUAACCUGCUCUCACCUGCACCGAAGGACAUUCCAUACCCCGAAGGAAAAGAGAGAAGGGAGAGCCUGCAUGAGAGAUGGAAAGAUCUUAUUGUGGAGUAUACGAGGCGUCAGCUCACCGUAGCCAACGACAAAUUCUCGGCCCUGUCUGGUUUAGCGCGCGCUUUCAGCUCGGCGCUCGGAGACGAAUAUGUAGCUGGGCUUUGGCAAAGAGAUUUGGUCCGGGAAAUGCUCUGGCAGACUGUUAUGCAGCCGUCGUCACCGCAAGAGUGGAGGGCGCCAUCCUGGAGCUGGGCAUCAAGUGACGCAGAAAUCGGAUGGGAUUUGAGGUUUACGUUACCACUUAUUCAGCAGUGCAGUAUCGAGGAUAUCCAGAUGAAAGCAGCGGGCCAAGAUUCUUUUGGAAGACUCGAGAGCGCUUGGAUCGUCCUCUGCGCUGUCUAUGUUCCAGUGGUUUUGAGGCCAGUAGCCCAAGCCGAGAGCGACCAGGAUACGCACUGUUGGUUUACGUAUCACAGGGUCGAAUUGGGCUUCCAAUCCGACACGCACCUUGCAGAGGUCCUCUUCCAUGACGACGGGAACGUGAAGGGCAAUGGAUCCUUGGAUGCCGUAGCGCCCUCGGGCUUGAGAAACGACGACACCUUUAAACUUGCCACCUUUAGCCAAGCUGUCAACCUCACCGACGUGUCAGCAGUAGUCCUUGCACUUCGCUGCAUCACUCUCGGGGUUGAUGAGAGAUCAGGCGAAAGGGAAUUUUCUUCCCCAUUAUUUCCAACUGGUCUUCUAGUCAGAGGUGUCCCAAACAAUGGCGAGCAGCGUGAAUCACUUCCGGUUUACAAACGCCUUGGUACUUUUAGAACGGGGACAUUGGGACAAGCCGAAGCAUGGUCCUCGCACUCUCAGUCUCGCCUGAAGCUCGUAUGA